AUGCCUCAAGCUCCACCACCACAGGUUGAGAUAAAUGCACAGUUGUGGCGCCAGAUUUUCACCACUACCACGGGAACCAGUCGAGACGUACAGAGUCUCCAGCAGGCUAUGGGGACUUUGACGACUGAGAUGCAUACAGCCCACCGUGACAUCCGCAUUUCCACUGAUAUGUCACGUGCUGCUCGCCAGGAUGCCCAGGCAGCUAGGAGGGAGAUGGAAACUGUGAACGGUCGACUCAAUGUGUAUGUAGGUAGGGUGGGUGGCAUCCAGAUGAGGGUAAAUGAAACUUGGGAGCGUCUGGGCCGUUUGGAAACACGUGUUGAGAGAAUCCAUGAUGAAAUGACACAGCAGUCAGCACUGAUGAGAGAGGUCUUGGCACGCCUACCUCCACCUCCAGCUGAUGGUACUGCAGUAAAAGAAAUGGAGUAUUUUUCGACACAUUUCCAUCCCAGAAUCCCUAUUCUUUACAUUAUUGUAAUCCUACAAACUUCUUCGUCAAUGCCCACAAUGGGAAACGAAACUGAUCGACAAGCUUUGUUGGAUUUCAAGAAUGGAAUAAAUCAGGAUCCAUUUCAGAUCAUGACGUCCUGGAAUGAUUCGGUUCAUCAUUGCAACUGGAUUGGAAUUACAUGCAAUACCUUCAAUGGAAGAGUUAGAAUUCUAAACCUGAAAUCCUUAAAUUUGGUUGGCUCAUUACCGCCUUCUUUAGGCAAUCUUUCAUUUCUCGAAGGUAUAUACCUGAGAAGGAACAGUUUCCAGGGUGAUAUUCCUCAGGAAAUUGGAAGAUUAUUGAGAAUGAAAAAUCUUAAUUUAUCAUACAAUUCCUUCACUGGAAAUAUUCCUUCUAAUCUCACGCACUGCACAGAACUUACAGUUCUUGCUUUGGGACAUAACUAUCUUACAGGAGGAUUCCCUGCCUGGAUAGGAAAUUUUUCGUCUCUUUUCAUGAUUGUGCUUGCUCUCAACAGUUUUCAGGGUAGUAUACCUCAAGAAAUCGGGCACUUGUCGAGGUUGGAAAUGUUUCAGAUUUAUGGAAAUCAUUUCUCUGGCACAAUUCCUGCUUCCAUUUAUAAUAUAUCAACUAUUAGUUACUUCUCUGUUACCCAGAAUCGCUUGCACGAGGAACUCCCACCAGACAUCGGUUUCAACUUUCCAAAUCUUGAAGUAUUUGCUGGUGGUGUAAACAAUUUCACUGGAUUGAUACCUGUCUCGAUAUCAAAUGUUUCCGGGCUUGGCUUGAUUGAUUUUGCUGAAAACAAAUUAACAGGGACGGUGCCAACAGGUCUUGGAAGCUUGACAGAUUUGGGAUUGGCCAAAAAUUUCUUCGGUGGAGAAUUACCAGAUUCGGUAGCCAACCUUUCGACUAAACUCAACAUACUUACAUUGGGGAGCAAUUUAAUGCAUGGAAAUCUUCCUGUUGGUAUAGGAAAUCUUGUUAAUUUGACCCUAUUAGACCUGGAAAAAAAUUUCUACACAGGAAGCAUCCCUGACGACAUUGGAAAGCUUCAAAACUUAGUGGAAUUGCAUUUCAAUGGUCAUGAACUCUCUGGCAUGAUUCCAGCUUCUCUUGGUAACUUGACAUCGUUAACUAGACUUCGCUUGGAGAGCAAUAAACUCCAAGGAAACAUACCUUCAGAAAUAGGUAAUUGCAGAGGUUUAAUUGAGCUAAACCUUUCUGAUAAUAAUCUUACUGGAAUUAUACCAAAGGAGGUCAUGAGUCUCUCUUCUCUUUCAAUUGUUUUAAACAUGGCGAAAAAUGCAUUGUUUGGUCCAUUACCAGUCGAAGUGGGCAGGCUCAUAAAUCUGAAGGAACUGGAUGUUUCAGAAAACAAAUUGUCAGGCAAUAUACCCAGGAGCCUUAGCAGUUGCCUAAGUUUGGAGCGUUUGGAUAUGGGCAGUAAUCUUCUUCAAGGACAAAUUCCUGAAACUUUGGAACCAUUACGAGGCUUAGAGGAGAUAGAUUUAUCGCAUAAUAACUUGUCCGCAUGCUCGAAAUCCAAGACUUACUCUUCAAGAAACCAAGUUGUGAGAGUAAUAAUCCCCGUCACUGUUUCUGCAAUCUUCAUUCUGUUUAUAUGUUGUUUUUCUGUUUGGUAUGUAUCGAGGAAGUCGAAAAAGCAGAAACUCGAGGCUUUCUUUUCGCAAAAUUUUCGAUUAUACAAUUCAUACCAAAAAAUAUUUCAGUUGACUGAUGGAUUUUCUGAGGACAACUUAAUUGGUUCUGGUAGUUUUGGUUCCGUAUACAAAGGAGUCCUCAAUGAGAAUGGAGUGAGCGGUGCAAUAGUAGCGGUGAAAGUAUUGAAUCUUGAACAGAAAAGAGCCACCAAAAGUUUCAUGGCUGAAUGUGGAGUUCUCAAAAGCACAAGGCAUCGAAAUCUCCUCAAGAUUAUAAGUGCUUGUUCAAGCGUCAAUCGUCAAGGUAAUGAAUUCAAAUGUCUAGUUUACGAGUUCAUGAUCAAUGGAAACCUAGAAGAGUGGCUGCAUUCAACACAUCGUGCAGCAUACCAGAGGAGGAGUUUGGGCAUCUGUGAAAGAUUGACGAUAGCCAUAGAUGUUGCUUCUGCUCUAGAUUAUCUGCACACUUAUUACCACACUCCAAUAGUUCAUUGCGAUCUAAAGCCAAGCAACAUACUUCUAGACGAAGAUUUGACUGCUCACGUUGGAGACUUUGGAUUGGCAAAGUUUCUCCUCAAAGGUUCAGAAAAUCCGAAACGUUGUACCAUGUCAUCUGAGUUAAAGGGUUCGAUUGGUUACAUUCCUCUAGAGUACGGUUCAGGCUGUGAGGUUUCCAGCCUUGGAGAUGUUUACAGUUUUGGAAUAGUUUUACUGGAGUUAUUUGUAGGCAAAAGACCAACUGAUGAUAUAUUCAAAGAUGAUAUGACCAUACACGAAUAUGUCGCCAGAGCUUUGCCUCAACAUAUUAUGGAAAUUGUCGAUCCAUCGUUGCUAUUAGCCGGAGAAAAUGACAAGACGUACGAGGUAGAAACCGCUGGAAGAGAAGAAAUUGAGAUUUUAUGCAAAGAUGGCUUCCAACUUUUAUAUAGAGGUCCACUUUUAGAACUACUGAUUUCAGUAUUGGAAAUUGGACUUUCUUGUUCAAAUUCAUCGCCAAAGGACCGGUUGCCAAUGAAUACUGUUAUGAAUAAACUUAACUCAAUCAAAUACUCAUUUUUUAAGAUCAAGAACAGAAGACCAAGAAGAAGAUGAGUUUAUUAGGGAAAAUAUUUGCUCAUUGAUUAUUGUCAGAGUACAAUGACCCGAAUUUUGUUUGGCCCUACCCAAAAAGCUCAUGGUGCAACAUGGUAAAACCAAAAUUAUAAGAAUUUUGAGGGUCUGUGGUGGUAACGGAGGGAUUGAGCCAAUAGAGGCGGGGCCCCCACGGUAUGGCCGUGUUUUAUUAUUCUGGGUAUGUGUGUGUGUGUG